AUGGAGGAAGAAAAAGAGAAGCUGGAAGACAGAUACUUCAAGAUUCAGCAAGAAAAUGCUUAUUCUGAACUAAGGAAAAUUAGUUUAAGUAGAGGUACCCCAGAGAAGUGUACAGUGUCAGAGAAAAAUGGUAAAUUUGCUAAUGCUACGACAAUUGUGGUUGUUGGUAACAACGUAAUUCAAUCAACAGAUAAAAAGAGUAACAAAUCGGCUGAAUCGGAACGUAUGUUAAGAAAAUGCAUUUUACUGGAUCCCAGAUUUACUCCUGCAUACAUGGAACUUGCAAAACUCAGAGGCCCUAAUGAUCAGAGUGUAAAUCAACUCUUGAAGCAAGCGGUAGAUAUGAAUCCCACAGAUCCCUAUUUUACAACAAAUUUUGGACAUUGGUUGAUUAGAAAAGGUAAUUACCGAGAGGCGCUUUGGCACUAUUGGCGAUCUCUACAAAUUUCUCCAACUCACCAAGAGGCAAUACUAGGAGCAGCUAAGCUACUACAGAAGUUUGGACAAAAAGCUAGACUCUUUCAAUUAAUUACAAGAUGGCAAGUAAUAAAAAGAAAUGGUAAGAGUCAACUACCCCUCGGUCUUCAUCUUUAUUUACAAGGAUGGCAUCUGAAAGGAGAAUUGAGCCAUAGAGCUAGAAUAUAUGAUGUUAAUCGACCAACGAAUACAACAAAAGACGCCCAUUUGAAUCGAACUGCUUCCCCACGCUCCUCUGUUCCGAAGACCAAUAAUCCCAAUAAAUCGGUAGGAAAUAACAGAUCCAGUUCAGAAGCGCCUAACACAGACUCUUUGAGACCAUUAAUGGUUCAUCAUUUUUCGGAUAGUGUAUAA